CUCUCCUGUGUGGGUCAUUUUGCCUCAUUUAAAAUGUCAUGGAAAAGAAGUACGUCAAUAACACAUAAAUCAUGUUUUGCAUAGAAUAUAUAAAAGGGACGUUCUGAGGCCAGAAAACUCGAACAUCCUCCAACAAAACACAUCAAUAACUUCCAUCUUAAGAAAAGAGUAGAUUUGACACUUUAUCCAGUCAUGAGGGUUUUUCUGCUGGCAAUGCUGUUGGUGUUUGUUGCAUGGGCAGGUUCAGCUCAGUCUCAGAAGCCUCUCAGGCUGUGUGGCCGGGAGUUUGUUCGGGCUGUGGUCUACACAUGUGGGGGUUCCAGAUGGAGGAGGAGCCAAACCGAGGGCCCCAUAAAUGGCUAUGAACUUCAGACUGGUGUGGAGUCGUUCAAGGUCACUGCAGAAAUGGACAGAGUCAGAAGAGAACUAGACACAAUGCUGCCCGUAAUGUGCUGUCAAGUGGGCUGUCGGAAAAGUGAUAUUGUUCUCUUGUGCUGAGAUGCUUUUAAUCCAUUUCUGAGCACUUAAAUGAC